AUGAGUGAGUGGGUGCACUCUUGUAUUAAAUCAGUCAUUUCGUAUGCAGUGUAUCAAGAAACAGGUGGUUUGCCUGUUUACUGUAGUACUAACACAUUCCCCCUGCAGCUUCAGACUGGAAUCUGUAGGCUUAGAGUCUCAAAGCACCUAAAUAUCCCACGUAGUUCUGCUGUGCACAGCUCACCUAUCUAGACCCAGCCAGGCACAGAAAAGUAGGAGGUAAGUGCAGUGUGUGGAAGUCACAAGCAAAUAGGCCCUAUAUUCAUUGAUUUCUUUCUCCCAAAUAAUAGAUUUUGAAUUUACAUGUACCUAUUUCAUUUUUUUUUUAACUUCAACUAAGCUGCUGUUUUCUUCCAUGCAAUAUUGUAUACUCAAUUGUGUACAGAAGAAGCUGGUAAGAGUGCCCUCCUACAUAAAUAAGUAAUUGCUGUGUUUUGCAUGCAAAAUUUUAAAAAUUUAAAUUGUCCUGAUUCUAUUUUGUAAAUGGCAAAACAAUCAUCUUUCUAAGCAGUCAUGGAGGAAGACUAGAGCUUUGUGCAUUUUGAUAUAUUUGAGUUCAUUUUUCCACAAUGUCAUACUUUUGACAUAAUUGGGUUUCUCAUAAGUAUCCUAGUUCAUGUACAUCCGAAUGCUAAAUAAUACUGUGUUUAAGUUUUGUGUUGCAAGAACAAAUGGAAUAAACUUGAAUUGUGCUACA